CUUGUUGGUACUGUUGUCAUCUACUGUUGUCAUCUACUGUUGUCAUCUACUGUUGUCAUCUACUGUUGUCACUGCUGUAGGUGGCACCAUGACCUCCUACACGAUGGACAACAUCAUCUUUUCCCUGCACCACCGAGUCACCACCUUGUUCCUGGCGAUCUCCUGCCUUCUGGUGGGCCUCAGGCAGUACUUGGGUCACCCUAUCGACUGUCUAGCUCAGGGAAUGAACAGUAGAACGAUUGACCUGUACUGUUGGAUUCAAUCGACGUUCACCCUGCAGUUGACGUCAGCGAAGGUAGAGGAGGCAUACCCAGGUGUGGGCAGCUCCUCAGGUAGUGGCCAGGACGUCGUCAGGCAUCACAAAUACUACCAGUGGAUUUUCUUUGUUCUUCUUCUGCAGACACUGAUGUUCUACACCCCGGGUUACCUGUGGAAGAUGUGGGAGGGUGGACGAAUACAACAACUCACCCAAGACCUGAACCCCUCCUCCUUCACCGCCUCCGUCAGUAGUGAUCACCUGGCCACCAUCAAGCAGUACUUCGGUGGGAAUUUCCGUCUACUACAUACUAACUACGCGUACAAGUUCUUCCUGUGCGAGGUUCUUAAUUUCGUCAACGUCGUGAGCCAGAUGUACUUAACUGACAGGUUGCUAGGAUAUAGGUUCUUGGACUACGGAUUACGGGUUAUAAGGGCAGGUAAUGAGCUACAGGAGGAGGAAGAGGAGGUGGUGUUCCCCAAGGUGGCCAAAUGCUCCUUCUACAUGUUUGGUCCCUCUGGUUCUCUCGCCCGCCACGAUACUCUCUGCGUUCUCCCCCUCAACAUACUCAACGAGAAGAUCUACCUCUUCUUCUGGUUCUGGUUCGUGUGUUUGGCGGUGGUGUCUGGCCUGGGUCUCCUCCUCCGCUUAUGCACCUUCCACCCUGAAGUUCGCCUCCUGGUACUCCACAACCACGCUCGCUUCACCCCCACAGUCCAUCUGAGAGCCAUCUGUCACAGCUACGAUCUGGGGGACUGGUUCUAUCUCUGUUUACUUGCCAAGAACCUAGACCCAGUCGUCUGUAGGGACCUCCUGAGGGAGUUGGCGACGAAGCUGUAGGAGAAGGAACACGUAACACAGGUCCUGAAGCACCCAACAGUCUCCAGUCACUCGGAGCUCAUGAAGCACCAUCUAACAGUCUCUCCAGUCACUCGUAGGUCAUGAAGCACCACCUAACAGUCUCUCCAGUCACUCAUAGUUCAUGAAGCACUACCUAACAGUCUCUCCAGUCACUCGUAGUCAUUGAAACACCACUUAACAGUCUUUCCAGUCACUCGUAGUCAUUGAAGCACCACCUAACAGUCUCUCCAGUCACUCGUAGUUCAUGAAGCACCACCUAACAGUCUUUCCAGUCACUCGUAGUUCAUGAAGCACUACCUAACAGUCUCUCCAGUCACUCGUAGUUCAUGAAGCACUACCUAACAGUCUCUCCAGUCACUCGUAGUCAUUGAAGCACCACCUAACAGUCUUUCCAGUCACUCGUAGUCAUUGAAGCACCAGCUAACAGUCUCUCCAGUCACUCGUAGUUCAUGAAGCACCACCUAACAGUCUCUCCAGUCACUCGUAGUUCAUGAAGCAGUACCUAACAGUCUCUCCAGUCACUCGUAGUUCAUGAAGCACCACCUAACAGUCUCUCCAGUCACUCGUAGUUCAUGAAGCACUACCUAACAGUCUCUCCAGUCACUCGUAGUCAUUGAAA